AGUCUCAGUGGUAGUUUGUACCAGACUGAAGUUGGUCAGAUCUUCUGAUCAGACGUCCUUCUUCUACUUGACGAACACGACGUACACUCAGGUGUACUGUACAGGCCUGGGCCACCACUCAGAGAUGAGUUACCGUAAGCUGCGGCCAGUGAGACAGUUCCUCCAAUGGCUGCGGAGCCAGGAUGACGGACAGGUGCUGAGCAGGGCUCUGAUUGGAGGAUUCUUCAUCCACCCGCCUCCUCCCGUCUCCUUGGAAACGUACAUGAAAGACAGGAGAGGUGUGCCCGGGUUCCUGCGAGGGGUGGAGCUUCAGAGGGAGGUGGAGAGGCUCUGUUACCGGGAGCGACGCACCUUCUGUAUCCAGGCAGCUGUUACCAUGGUUACGUACAGCCGCAGAGGAGAGGUGAGUGCUUCCUGUUUUACGUACUUCCUGUCUCAUGUACUUCCUGUUUCACGUACGUCCUGUCUCAUGUACUUCCUGUCUCACGUACGUCCUGUCUCAUGUACUUCCUGUCUCAUGUACUUCCUGUCUCACGUACUUCCUGUCUCACGUACUUCCUGUCUCACGUACUUCCUGUGUCACGUACUUCCUGUGUCACGUACUUCCUGUUUCACGUACGUCCUGUCUCAUGUACUUCCUGUCACACGUACUUCCUGUCUUAUGUACAUCCUGACUCAUGUACGUCCUGUCCCAUGUACUUCCUGUCACACGUACAUCCUGUCUCAUGUACAUCCUGUCCCACGUACUUCCUGUCUCAUGUACAUCCUGUCCCAUGUACAUCCUGUCCCAUGUACUUCCUGUCACACGUACAUCCUGUCCCAUGUGCUUCCUGUCCCAUGUGCUUCCU